AUGGCGUCAAUAUUCAAAAUAACCGAUCUCUUUGUUUUAGGAAAUCCAGAAAACGAUACUUUUCCAACAGUCACGUAUGUCUCACACUUUUUGAAUGAGUUUGUACAAAAUGCCACUAUAUAUAAUAACGAGGAAUUUCAAUCAGACGAAAUCGACGAAAUUGAUCACGUUUCCCAAGUAAACCUCAACCAAAUUCAAGAAUAUAGAAAAUCUGUGAUAAGAAGGGAAUGUACCGAUGCUAGACGUAGCGGUGUUAAAUUCCAAAUGGGUGGAAAAUCGUCAAUUUACAAUGACGACUAUAAGAUUAUAUUUUCCGCUCUUCCAAAAAUUGCCUCUACAACCUGGAAACGUGUAUUUCUCGUUUUACAGGGAGAUGUGAAUUCCAUGGAUUCGUUAUAUCACAAGGACGUACAGCAUAAAUAUCACUACCCGCGGUUGUCUUCACUGUCGAUGUCCGAGGUAAACAUCAGAAUGAAGACAUACACAAAAGUAGUAUUUGUGAGAGAACCAUUUCAUAGGAUAUUAUCCGCUUACCGAAACAAAUUGGAGAGCGACGACGAUAUUAUCUACAGAAAAAGAUAUGGCACAACCAUCAUUGCAAAAUAUAGGGAAAACCCGUCUUCGUUUUCAUUGAGAACUGGCUCCGAUGUUACAUUUCUUGAGUUUGUUAAAUACCUAAUAGAUCCUGACACCAGUUUGUGGAAAAUGGAUAUGCAUUGGGCUCCUAUGUUUCUACUCGCUGACGUGUGCAAUGUGAAUUACGAUAUUAUUGGCAAGUUUGAAGAAUUGCAAGAUGACGCCCUCUACGUUUUAGAAAAGAUUAAUGCUACCGACUUGGUAAAGUUUCCAACUUAUGACACUCAAGCGACAAACAGUUCACGCGACUACACAUAUUUUUACUACUACUCAACUGUUCCCGAGGAACUACUUUCUCGUUUAUAUGACAAAUAUAUACUUGAUUUUAAACUUUUUGAUUAUGAUAAGCCGCUUAUACUCAAACCAAGUAAAUGA